UGGUCAGAACCGUCGUCUCCAACACCAACAACAACAACGCAACAUCCAGGCCGCCGAGCCGAGCUCCCGCAAGAAACGCCCUCCCUCUCGCCUCCGCCGUCCGCCGUCCACGUCGCCAUGGCUCUGGACUCGGUUCCUCCUUACCCCUGCGACCUGGGCUCCAGCAGGGCCGCCGCCGCCGCCAGAACCCAGCAGAGGAUCAGGAAAGAUGAGCGCACCUGGACCUCGGACACGUACGCGCCGUACGACGACGGGCACCAGUGGAGGAAGUACGGCGAGAAGAAGCUCUCCAACUCUCACUUCCCGAGGUUCUAUUACAGAUGCACCUACAAGAACGACAUGAAGUGCCCCGCGACGAAGCAAGUCCAGCAGAAGGACACAAGUGACCCCCCAUUGUUCUCUGUCACUUACUUCAACCAUCACACCUGCAGCACCAGCUCAAGUGCCAUAGGAAGCGCUAGAGACAUCACGUCGCAGUCAUCUUCUAAGAAGGCGGUAUCAAUCUGCUUCAGCCCACACACCGCCUCCGAACAGCCCUCAUUCCUGACAUCCCCGGCCAUGCCACAGUCAACGAUCAUGCACCCUUACAGCGCCAACCAACAGUCUGACAGGAGCGCCUACGCAUACCAGCAACUCCAGUGGACAGGCAGUGUGCCAUCUCACGCAAGUAACGGUCCUGCUAAGAUGGAAGUUGAUGACUCUGCGCAGCCAAGCCCUUCAUCCAGCAGCACCAGUGCUCUGUCGAGGACUCUGCUACCGAUCGGUCAGUCCAGAUGCAUCGAGUACUUCCAUUUCUUGUGAUGAACUUCAGGGAUUGAAGAAGCAGUGUUAUAUGCUGGGCCACUGCCUCUCGGUGCCUACUUGGAGUGGCAAAUGGAGUUUGUAUCUGGAGUUGGAGGCGACAUUGCCAUUCCGGGCCUGAAGCCUGAACUACACAGGCCGGACCGGGGCCAAUAUACUGAUCUGCAUUGCAUAGAGAGAUUGCCUGCUGCUUACUUCUUUACAUUUGGAUUCAAGCCACGUUUUUGUGCUUGAAUGAUGUGAAGAAUGGUAUUGGACUAUUGGGGUUUCUUUAUCUAGUAACGUACAUGAUAUGAUACGUACAGAAUGGGUGCUUGACUGUUGAGAUAGCUCCAUUUGUUUGUUUAGAGACUGAUACUAGUAUGUUUCGGAUUCCUGACAGCAGAUUUUCAGUCUGCUACUACUGAAAUGCUGAAGGUUACAGAUUCUAUACAGUCACAGUUUUAUUAAGAUGUCUUCUACAGUUUUCUGUUUCUCUAUCAAAAGAACAUACAGUUUAGUUU